AUGGAAACGAGGUAUACCACGAUCUCUAAUCGUCUGCGACGACGCCGUGCCCUUCCUUCAACACGUCCGCUGACGCUGUGCCCAUCUCCUCGGCACAUCCGCCGACGCCGUGCCCUUCCCCUCGACACAUCCGCCGACGCCAUGCCCUUCCCCUCUGGCACAUUCGCCGACGCCCGCGUGCCCUUCCCCUCGGCACCAUCCGCCUCGAUGCCGUGCCCUACCCUCGACGCCGUGCCCUUCCCCUCGACACAUCCGCCGACGCCAUGCCCUUCCCCUCGGCACAUCCGCCGACGCCGUGCCCUUCCCCUCGGCACAUCCGCCGAUGCCGUGCCCUUCCCCUCGACGCCGUGCCCUUCCCCUCGACACGCCCUCCGACGCCGUGCCCUUCCCCUCGACACGCCCUCCGACGCCGUGCCCUUCCCCUCGACACAUCCGCCGACGCCAUUCUUGAGGGCGCGGCGCUGA